AUGAUCUACCGUGGCACGAAUGGGUGUGAGGGAUGUUCAGAGUCAAUUCAAGCCUUACUCCAAUCCGCCUACCCUGACAUCAACGUUACUUUCGCUGGAGCAGAUAAGGUUGUCAAGAUCAACGCUGAUACUCUUCGCGAUAUGGACAUGUUUCUCCAGCCGGGUGGUCCAGGUCAGUAUCAUCCUGUCUUCUUGUCGCGUUUGAUUCUGAGACAAUUCANNGAUCUUGAUGAGUCAUGGGCAGAGGCAAAAUCGUAUGCUUUUGAUGUACGCGACUUCGUUGCUGGCGGUGGCUGGUACAUUGGAUUCUGCCUAGGAGCUUACCUUGCUGGGCCANAAAACGGCUUCGAUCUACUUUCGAGAGGAGACAGAGUUGUGCGAGAGAUUGAAAGGCCACGCACUCAAGUACGCAGUACAAAAGACACUGUAAUUCAAGUGGACUGGUCUUUCAUAGCUGGAAAGUAUCAGAGCACAACAGAACGCAAACGGUGGCUCUAUUUCCAGGACGGCGCAGCAUUUAUUUUACCCGAUAACUCCCCGACUACAGUGCUUGGUCGCUACUCUCACAAUGGCGAUGUUGCCUCGACUCUCAAUGCGUUUGGCAGUGGGUGGGUCGCAAAUAUUGGCCCUCACCCAGAGGCUGAUCAGAGCUGGUGUACGUUCGACAUCUAUCAAGUGUGCCAUGAUCUUCCGCUGACCGAGCUUACAGACGACCUUGCCAAUGUCAAAAAUCCCGACGGUGUCAGAAACGACAUCGGUAUCGACUUUGUUAGAGCUGCCCUGAGUGUCGCUUCAGAGAACACUUCCGAGCCACGAAUGUCGAAGCUGACAGCUUUGAGAGAUUUGAUUACUGCAGGCAACUUAUAG